CAGCUCAGACCGGUGUGUGUUUGUGUGUGUGUCUGUAUUUUUGUGUCUCUUUUAGCGGUAUGGCUGCAAACAAAGAGGACUCAGACCUGGACGAUUUUCUUGCCAACGAGGAGGAGCUGGAGAAGGCUCUGUGUGUGCUGGCUGGAAGCGACCCAGAAAACUGCUCUUAUUCUCGGGGCUAUGUGAAGAGACAGGCUGUGUUUGCCUGCAACACCUGCACUCCCAGCGCUGCAGAGCCUGCUGGGGUUUGUCUGGCCUGUGCCAAUAAAUGCCACGAUGGACAUGAUAUCUUUGAACUGUACACCAAAAGAAAUUUUCGCUGUGACUGCGGAAAUAGCAAGUUUGGGGAAUUUAAGUGCCAGCUCAUUCCUGUCAAAGAUGAGGAAAAUGUGAAGAAUCACUACAAUCACAACUUCAAUGGCUGCUACUGCACAUGUGACCGGCCUUACCCAGACACAGACGAUCAGGCCGAUGAUGAGAUGAUUCAGUGCAUCAUCUGUGAGGAUUGGUUUCAUAGCAGGCACCUUGGCUGCACCACAGUGGAACCUGAGGAGCUGCAGGAGAUGAUAUGUGAGGCCUGCAUGAACAAGGCUCCUGUCUUAUGGACGUAUGCUGCUCACUUUGCAGUACCACCUGUGAUCAGCGUCAGUCAUCCUGAGGAGGAGGUAGAUGUCGAUGUCGAGGAGGGAGCAGAAAAGGAAGAAGCCUCUGAGCCAAGUCAAAGUAGUGAUGAGAAACCGUCCACCAGUGCUGAGCACACAAAGCAGGAGGAAACACAAAGGAGUUCACCUUGCAAACGGACCCAUGAGGAAAUGACAGGCAGUCCUGCAAAGGCCACGGCCGGACCUGUUGUGUGCAAGCUGAGGGAGCUGCAGGCGACCGGGCUGGAGAGGCUGAGACAGGGAGCUGUGUUCUGGCCUUACAGCUGGCGCUCCGAGCUCUGCACCUGUACGAGCUGCAAGAGGGCCUAUGUGGCUGCCGAGGUGCAGUUUCUCAUGGAUCAGUCUGACACCAUUCUGGCCUACGAGAACAAAGGCUUGGACGAGCCGUUUGGGCAGCACCCGCUGAUGGCACUGACGAGCUCGAUGGACCGUGUACAGCAGCUGGAGGUCAUUUACGGUUUCAAUGAGCUGACAACUUCGAUCACUGCAUUUUUAGACCAGUGUGCUGCUGAAGGAAAGACGGUCACAGUCGAAGCUGUCCACGAGUUCUUUGAGGAGCUGCGGGCCAGAAAGAGACGAAGGACCAACGCAGGAUACCAGUAACAAGGAGCCCAUGCUGCUAUCAUAGGCCUGGUUCAUACGGUGCUCUGAAUGAAUGUGAAACUUAAGAGACAACUCUUUGUCUCUGAUGAAUAAAAGGGGCCUCUUGCUGCAACAAAUGUGAUCCCUAAAGCUUGAACAAUUAGUGCAAAGAGUACUGACCUGCUUAUUGUUGUGAAUUGAUAAUUCUAGGAGUGAGAAUUUCAUGUCCAGUUGUUUUUACUGAUUUAUAAUGAUGCCUUAACCCUGACACUCCUAAUGAAUGUUAUUUGAAACAUUUUGAUCAGAGAAAAUGUUUCAGCACUGUUCGCUUUAAGAAGAUUAAAGUGUUAUUAAGUAAAGUGCUAAUAGGGCUGGGCGAUAUGGAAAAAUGAAAAAUCAAGAUAUUUUUGACCAAAUACCUCAGUAUUGAUAUUGCAGUGACAUUGUAGAACUAUUGGUGCUUUCACAAUCUAUUUACACAAUGAAUUUUUAUGAU